ACCCCACUGGGUGGCGCGCUGCAUCCGCGCUUCACCUCCUCUUGUCUUGAGCAGAGGUUCUCUCAGGCCAGCAUCGUCCAGCACCGAAAAUAAAAAGAUGUGAAAACAGGAAGCCAGUACCACAAAAUGAUCUGAGAAGAGAUGAUCGCAGAACCAACGUUGCUCUCGAGAACAGUGCAAAAGGAGAACACUAGUGUUGAUGUCUCUUCCUGCACAUCUGUGAAUCACGCCUCUGGUGUGAGAAAUGAAAACAGAAAGAAGAAUGUGAGAGGGAAGAGGAAAGCCAGAGAUGGCUCAGAGAAUGCUAAGCAGAAGCUUUCAAAGACCAACCAUGGUACCUUUGGCAGAGCAGAGAAUGAGCAGCUCAAACAUGGAGACAUGGAAGCCUUCACCUUGUUUGAGGUGGUCACUAUGGGCAGGAGCGCCAUGCAGGCUGUGGUUGAUGACUGGAUUGAGGCUUAUGUUAUGGACCGAGAACCAGCCCUGCUUGACCUCAUCAGCUUCUUCAUUCAGUGCUCAGGAUGCAAAGGGGUAGUAACUGCUGAGAUGUUUCAGAGCAAGGAAGAUUCUGAUGUCAUGAGCAAAAUGGUGGAGGACCUGGAUGAGAGCUCAGGUUUGCAGUAUAAAAGGUUUCUGGCGUUUCCAUGGAUACUGACUGUCACAUGGCCCAUGGACAUUGACAAUGGCGAGUAUCCUCUUGUGAUGUCUGGUCUGUACUGGAAAAAGUUCCGCUCUCAGUUUUGUGAGUUUGUCUCAGUGCUGAUAUCGCAGUGUCAAUAUAGCGUGAUCUUUGACAACUACCUCCUGAACACACUGAUCUCUCUGCUGACUGAGCUCUCAGCAUCACAUAUGCGUGCGUUCAGACACACGUGCACACUGGCAGCAGUAAAGUUGCUCAGCGCUCUAGUGAAUGUGGCACUCAACCUCAGCGUUGGUGUGGAGAACAACCAGAAACUCUGUGAGGUUGAGCUGGCCAAGAUGUCCAGCAAGCGAGCUUCACCACGGCUUGACAAGAUCCAGAAGAAGAUUACUGAGUUGAAGGAUAGAAAGCUUGAAAUAGAAGACAUGAUGGAUGCUAUUUUUAAAGGAGUUUUUCUUAAAAGAUACAGAGAUGUGAUUCCUGAGAUCAGGGCGAUCUGUAUAGAGGAACUGACUGUAUGGAUGAAGCUUUAUAGUGCAGUGUUUCUUAAUGAUACCUGUCUGAAAUAUGUCGGAUGGAUGAUGCAUGACAAGCAGCCUGAUGUGCGCUUGAAGUGUGUGUUGGGUCUGCAGGGACUUUAUCAGGAUGUUAAUCUUAGCUCCAAAAUGGACCUUUUCUCCAGUCGAUUUAAGGAAAGAAUGAUCUCCAUGAUUUUGGAUAAGGACCACGAGGUUGCAGUGCAGGCAAUGAGACUGCUGAUGGCCAUUGCCCAGUCCUGUGAUGACGUGCUGAGCGAGGCUGACUACAAGCACAUAUUUCAGUUUGUAUACUCAACUCAUCGACCACUUGCAGCCAUGGCAGGAGAAUUUCUCUUCACCAGGUUACUCAGUAAUCCUGCAGUACCAGUGAUGAGGGCAGGAACAUCAGAGAAGGACAGACACAGAGACCUCACCCUGGCCCGAGUCCGAGCCCUUAUUCAGUUCUACACUGAGAACCAGCUGCACCAGCAUGUGCUGUAUCUGGUGGACAGUCUGUGGGAUAGUGCUGGGUCUCUGCUGAAGGACUGGGCCUUUUUCACCUCUCUGCUCACUGUUCAUCCUUCCUCAUCAGAGCAAGCUUUGAGCAGCACUGAGGAGGCUCUGGUGAUUGAGAUUCUUUUGGCAUCAGUGAGGCAGGCUGCUGAGGGACCUCCACUAGCAGGGAGAAGCACGGGGAAGAAAGUGAUCAGUACAAAAGAGAAGAGGUUACAGACAGAUGACUGUGCAAAGCUUACAGAACACUUCUUAAAGGUGCUACCUGAUCUGUUAUCCAAGUACUCAGAAGAUGCUGAAAAACUUGUGUAUUUCCUCAAAAUACCUCAGUACUUUCAAACGGACACCUGUGGUGAUGAAUACACGGAGUCUGUGCAGGCACUGCUCACUGGGUUGGAGGCUGCAGUGUAUACACACACAGAUGCAGCAUUACUAGAAGCAGCUGUUCGCUCGUACCAUAACCUCUGUGCGAAUGAUUCACACUGGCAGCACCUGGCAGCUUCUUCCAUAGGUCAACUCAUUCAGCGCUGGACACACACACUGGGCUCAUGCUUAGGAAAGGCAGUCAGUGAUGGAACUUUCAUUGGAGAUGAAGACGAAAAGGAAGAGAUUCUGUCCACUUUGAAAAAAUUAACUGCUUUCAACAAUGCUCAGGACCUGACUAAAUGGGGCACAUAUGAGCUGGUCUCUAAGCUCCUUGUCGUUGAGUUACAGCAUGGAGGCAUGCCAGUAGAGAUGAUCACUGAGGCUCUACGUUGUGUCUGCUACUGCAUCCUGUGGAACCUGAACAACUUCGGAGAAGGAGCGACCUCCAGGGAGUCAGCUCUCCAUCAGAGGAGUCAGCUGCGAGCUUUUUGUGAAAAAUGCCACAGAUGUCUUUCACACAUGGAGCAGGUGGUGAGAGAGCAGGCGUUCAUGUGUUUGAGUGAUGUCCUCGUAGCCCACAGUUACCAGCUGCAGAUGUGGGAUUCAUCAGCAGGUGCUCCUCUGCUUUACACCCCUGAACCCAGACUGCAGAAAGCUCUGCUAAACUUCAUCCUAGAGCAUGUCUUCACCGGCCCCGAGCAACACAGCCACAGCAACACUGGCAGUGACGGUAAGGGUGGGGUGAACUGGCCGGAGGACUUGCACAGGCGGAGGAAUCUGUUGGCUGCCUAUUGUAAACUGAUAGUGCACAGUGUGCUUGAGAUGAGUAUGGCCGCUGAGAUCUUCAAGCACUACAUGAGGUACUACAAUGACUUUGGCGAUAUUAUUAAAGAAACACUGAACCGCACUCGACAAAUGGACAAGAUUGAAAGCGCACGCACCCUGGUUCUGUGCCUUCAGCAGCUGUACCUGCGCUUGAAGCAGGAGCAGGACACUGGGAGCGUGUGCAGUUCAGAAGUGCAGACCUACAGCAGCAUCAAAGAGCUGGCCAGACGCUUCUCGCUCACCUUCGGCUGGGAUCAGAUCAAAUCCCGCGAGUCUCUAGCCAUGAUCCACAGGGAUGGCAUCGAGUUUGUUUUCCAGGGUUUUGUUCAGCAGUCAGAGAAGCACUCGCCACCGUACCUCUCUUACCUCACCAUCCUCAGCGAGUUCUCCAGUAAGCUGCUCAAACUUGACAAGAAGACCAUAUAUAGCUAUCUGCAACGGUACACUGGAGAGCAGAGCAUCAGUAACAGGGAGGAGUGCUGGAUGCCGCUCAUCUAUUACAGAGCGUCUCUCCAGGGCACAGCUGAGGGAGAAGACGCCGUGUCCUUCAUCAGCUCCGACACUAAUAAACAGCUCUCACUCACUAAUCGCUCUAGAUCGCCCUCCAUCAAACCGGCUGCAUCUGAAGGAGAUCUGCGAAUCUCACAACUGUGUGUAGAAACUAAAGGGAGCAAACAGCUGAAAAGUCUGGAGCUGAGAGAACAGAUCACUGUGCUCAGAGAGCAGCCUGACAGCAGGGAAACAGUUCAGAUCCAGCCAGGGGUCACUGCUGAGGAAGUGGACGUGGACACAGUAGAAAUAGACAUCUGAUGACCUCAUGCAAGUCCAUUCUGAGACGUUGAUGGAGGGUAACGAGAAUGACGCAGAGUGUUCAGUGUGCCUCAGAUGUUUCCUCUUUGGAUUCCAUAUGACCUCAUUCCUCUUUUU